AUGAGUCGCGUCAUUGGCCGAUUCCCAUGUCCACCGACGAUGAUCUUUCUUCAUGAAAAAAGAGUUACCGUGAAAGAGGCGAGUGGCGGACAACAGCCCGGCGAGACGAUUGCCAUUCCAUUUUCAUUCCGGUCCCCUAGUCCAAAUCUUCAUCUGUCGUACGUCGUUCCUUCUGCACUUGGUCUCCUGCAGAGCAAUCACGUGAAAUUUGAUACGCUCUGCACCUUCGAGAAAGGCACAUAUGUCAACGACAGCAGAAACGAAGACGUCCUGAGCGACUUGAGAUUUGAUCGCCUCUCACCGGUCGCCACACAGAUAUUUCUUCAUGAAAAGGCGUUGGCAGUUGGCGCCAACCAAUUAUCACUCCAAAAGCUUCUGACGCUUCUGAAGCGGGAAUAA